AUGGCCACCUUUUCAACUCCGAUAUCUCCGGCAACAAACACAACCCCAUCACCGCAGCACUUGUUAGAACAGGGAACAUCUUUCGAUUUCAUCACACAAAAUUCGGCCCAGAAGCUUAGUAAAGACCAGAAAGCCCUCAUAAAAAGUCAUGCUUCACGUGGCAAGCGGAAGCAAAAGCGUCAUCCUCAAAAGUCAUGGAUACUUCAGCGUGAAAUAGACGAACAAUAUACAUCUAUUCCCACCCGAGUGGGCUCCGACUUGUCCUUCAUCACGUUUCCCGUAGAGCUUGAGCCAUACAUGCGAGAUGAUAUAGCGCGAGCCAUCGGUCCCUUGAGGAGCGCCUUGUAUCCUCCGGAUAUUUGCGUGCAAGUCGACCCUGCUCUCAGCUCGUGGACCACAAAUCUUUUGGCAGACGUGUUAUAUCUACAUAGUACGCUCUUCUCUGUGGAGGCAUUUCUUGAUUCAAGCAUGGGCCGAGGGUCCAGCUCUCUCACGCAGUUUCAUCUUUCCAAAACUCUGCGGCUGCUGCAGGAGAGACUCAAUGCACCCGGUGAUCCGCGCUCCAUAGCGGAUGCUACUAUAAUGGUGGUAUCGGUGCUGGCCUUGACGGCGGAGCUUCAUGGAGAUGUGGAUGCUGCCGGAGCUCACAUGCAGGGUCUGCAACGGAUGAUACUACUACGAGGUGGCCUCGACAAGUUAAGAUUUGAGAACUCGAGACUACCGGCAAAAGUUUGUAGGGUUGAUCUCAGUGUCGCAAUCCGUUUUGGAAGGCAACCACUCUUCUUCAACCACGCCAUGUCUUGGGAUCCGUUCAUUCACAUCAAAGAAGUGAGGGACAGCAAAACCGAGGACGAGAGCGAAGCUUCAAAGUAUAUACGGGCCGCUGAUGAAAAGUUGUGCAAUGUUUGGAAAGAUUUACGAGAGUUUUGCCGUCUCUGCAAUCUUGCUUCGCAGACAUCCCACAAGCUCUUGCCCAACACGUUCAGCGAGAUAAUGGCCUCGGUGCUAUAUCGACUGAUUAACCUUUCAUUUGAGGCGAUGCCAGCACUGGAAGCCAUCCGCCUAGGAAUGACCGUGUUUGCUAGUCAAGUAUUUCUGCAGUGGCGAGGAAUGAGGCAGCGACAAACGCAGCUUGACCAUGAUUUUACUGAAGCGUUGUUGAGGUUGGAAAACGCAAAACACGAUGCCCCCCUUGCCAUUCUCUUCUGGACCUUGAUAGUAUGGCAAACUUGCUCUUCGAGCCACACAACAAACAGCAGGUUGACCGCUUGGCUAAGGCAGGCCACCGAGCAACUGGGACUGAGCACAUGUCAGGAUGCCAAGAGAGUUCUCAAAUCUGCCCUGUGGAUCGACAAUAUAUACUAUGGAGCGCUUGAAAAACUCUUCGAAGGAUCAUAA